AUGUCCGACGAGGAGACCGAGACCAAGCCCUUCAAGUUUGUCACUGGCUUUGACGCCCGCUUCCCGAACCAGAACCAGACCAAGCACUGCUGGCAGAACUACGUCGACUACCACAAGUGCAUCACCGCCAAGGGCGAGGACUUUGCGCCCUGCCGCCAGUUCCUCCUGGCCUAUCGAUCGCUCUGCCCCAGCGGCUGGACACAGCGAUGGGACGACCAGCGUGAGAAGGGCAUCUUCCCGUGCAGGCUCGACCAGUAG